UGGUGUCACGCGCGGGCGGAAGUGUGGCGACGAGACGGAAGUUGGCCACCGGCGGCGGAGUGUGCGGUUAUGUCGGCCUCCCUGUUGCGCCGGGGCCUGGAGCUGCUGGAGGAGCCGGGCCGCAGAAAGGCCCCGCCGGGACUCCAGGGGGGAUCGGACAGCCCCAGGGCGGCGGGAGCUGCGAGGCGGAGGAAGAGGGAGCAGGAGCCCGGCAGGAACAAGGCCACGGUCAAGGGUAGAGUCCUGAUGUGUUUUGUCCUACUCUUCUCUGACCUAGAGGAGUAUCACAAGAAGAAGGCCGUGAAUCACUUGAGAGAAAACCUGCAGUACAUGUUGAAGGGGCGGUUUGUGGCAAACAAAGCCAUCACAGAACAAGUUCUUGCUCAGAACAGAGGCAGGAAAUCGAAAGAUCAGCCUCCAGAGAAGGCAGCAAAGAAGAAACCUGAGGGCACUGUCUUUACUGAAGAAGACUUCCGUAAAUUUGAGAGAGAAUACUUUGGAAGACCGUAAACAACAUGACGGGGAUUCUCGCAACUCCAGUCUUUCUGCAGCUGAGUGUUCAGCACACAGGACUGGCAGUUUUCUCUGCAUGAUUGAGAUGGGACAUGUGUCUCUGUCAGCAAGUGCUUUAAUGUCACACUUGCAAAGAAACUCUGCAUCUCUGCAGAACUUGUUACUGGCCAGCUAGAGCUGUGGAGAUUCUCUUGGCUCUCAGAUAUGUUGUCCUUAUAGUCACCAGCCAACGUGUCUUGCAUUCUUAAUGUAGAAGAGUGGACCAAGCCAAAUAUAAAUCUCAUUCCCGUUCCUCGGGGUGUAAGGCUUCUGCUACCUGUGUUAUUUGGCAGGGAGCAUUUAAAGUGCUGUAUCUGAAUGGAGAAAUGUUUUGGACCAGCAGUAAUAUAUCAUCAGAAGGGAAGGAUGCUUUGAAAGACUGUUAAACCUGAGUAGCCUUGCAGUUUCUGUUCUUAUCACAGGCUCUGUCAGGUUUUUCAGUCAUAGCAAAACCUUUGUAUAUGCUGUUUGAUAAAAUAAUUGUUGCAGACACUGCCUGUCUUCACCUUUGUAAUAGUGAUUGCUAUGACAGGCUAUGAUUGAUGAAGACAAACCAUAUCACUUUUCUGGAUCCAGGCAUACCCUCUCUUGAGGGUGGCUCAGUUGUAUGAAUGGCCUCUCCAAUUCAUGCUGACACAUGUAUUUAAUCUGACAUGCUCAGGCCUCCAAAGAGUGCAGGCUGGAAUAGAGACGACUUCUCUGUUUUGCCUGCUCACGGUCUCCCCUCUCCAAGAAAGAGGCCUGACAUGGAGAAAGUUGUCCUUUGGAUGCUUACACCUGAGCCUCCCACUGAGGUUCAGCCUCACUAGGAGGGCACCGCUGCUGGGUGCUGCCAGCUCCUGUAGCCAGGCAGGGUUGUAACCCAAACGUUAAAAGCUUCUGAGCCAGAGGUUGUGGUGCUGGGCUGAAGGGAAUUAUUUUUUUUUUGUUAGACUACUGCUGCAACAAAUAGAAGGCCCAGCAGGUGGGAGUGUUGUCCCAGACACUUUUCCUUGCUAAAUCAAUAUGCUACUGGGGAGCUCCUGCCCCUGCUCUUUCCUGCCCCUUACCUAAGAAAAUGGGAAGUGUGCGAUUCUGUGAUUCUGUUCCCUUUGGAAAAAAAGAGGUAAGGAGAAGGACUAAUAUCAAGCUUCAGUUAGACUCAGGAGUUGAUUACAAGGGGCUUGGCUGACCUGAGCAGCAGCUGUCUGGAUGUCAGUACUGGAGGGAAUUUGAUAUCCCUUCCUUGCCCUCUGAUUAUAAUCCCUGGUGCUGUCCUCUUAAGUCUGCACCUCCUCUGUUGUGUUCUGUUCCUCUUGUCUGCAUGGGAGGGAAAGUCACCCAGACGUAUGGGGUCCAGACAGAGGAAACAGUGAACAUAACUGAAGUGUGUGUACUUGAAAUUGUGCAAUAGCACAUGGGAGGGGAUUUCUUGUAAUAGGAUCAAGUUCAACUGUCUGCAGCCAAAAGCAGUAAAUAUAGAACUGUUCAAAGACCAAUUUCCUUCCUUUUCAGUUUGUUCUUAUUCCCAAAGUUAAAAAAGACAUGUAAAAAAAAAAAAAGAGAAAUGGGAACACUAUUGUUUGAAAAAGCAGUUGAGCAAAAUGUAUAUGCAGCAGAUGUCUCCCUAAAGCCUCUGUGCUUGCUGCAUGAGCUGGUCUAACACGUGCAGCUCUGCGUGGAGCUGUGAUGGAGGCUAUUUAACAGUGUGAAAAAGCUGGCUGUGCCACAGCUUGACUUUUGAAGGGUGUGGAUUUCCGGAUUGUUAUUUUGUUUCAUGCCCUCAUCUUCAGUAUUUGGCAGUUCCCUUGACCUUACAGAGGUCCUUGAUGUCACCCCCUGCACUUGCUUUACAAGCGCCUCCUACACACCCUGGUUUCUUGUGGUUGUUCAGCUCCUGGCCCUUCUUCUGCAGGCUGAGGAAACCAAAUCCAUCCUUUGCUCCAGAAAGGAGCACUAGGGUAAUGUGGUUCACUCUCUUUUGUACAAAACCCAGCUUUUUUGCUUGAAAAUGGAAGCAAACAGGAAAGCUGCUCUUUUAAAGUUAAUGAGGAACCUUAAAGUGGGGCCCAGAGCAGUUUUCCACAAGGAUAACACACACACACACACACACACACACACACACACACACACUCUCUCUCCCUGAUCUGUGGAGUUUUAAAGUUGCAUGGGAGCUCUCAUUACUGGCUGGAAAGACUAUUAGGGCCAACACAAGUAAUCAGCAUACUUGUGGCUAUAUGCAAUGAGAUGUUAUAUUGUUGAAGAGGGUAAAGGUAUUUGACAGACUGGCUUUUGCCAUCUGAAAUCAAACUUUGUUGUACAGCCAACAGUAUCCUUAAAUAAAUUAAACUUCAUCUUGCGUGAGGAAAGAAAACCGAGCAGAAGUGAAUGGAUGGUUCUAGAUAAAGCAUCUUCUGCAAGGGCAAAGAUCUGGCAUGUUCUAGCCUUGGCCUUCCACCUCUCUAGCAGAGCUGGAGCACCUGCGAAAGAACAGCAGUGCCACCUGCACCCUGGAUAGGUAAGGACAAGAGGUGGCCCCUGAGGGGAAUGUCUUCAAGCUAGAGGGGGGAACAGGUACCAGCCUGUUGCAGGUCCCUGGCGGUAAGCUAAAGCUAAGCGUCCUCUCACAUGCCCAACAGUCUGAGCCACGGUCGAGUUAUGCCUAGAGCAUGGCAGCUCCUCGGCUGUGCUGGGACCCCGGGAGGUGGCUAUCUUAGAGCAACUUCUGCCGUCUCUCUGUUCCUUGCAGCCAGACUUUGCUGCCCCACAAAAGAGAGAAGAAGGGAUCGGGGCAGGAGCAGCUGCCAUCGCUGCUUUUCCUACUUGGCCUCCGACUGCCGGUUCCCACGCUGGAAGCUAACAUGCUGGAGCCCGCAACCCUCAGACCUGCUGGAUGGCAUUUGUCUCCCACGCAGCUGCGAGCGGCAGCGCAAGGAGGCAUCCGGCUGCUGCAGGGUGAGGGCCAUGUGCUGGCUGAGCUCAUCGGGCUGCUGGCUCUCUUCCCAGCUCUACGACACCAGCUGAGCAUCCUGCAGCAGAAAAUAAAAGGUAGCUGAGCUAGGGAAGAAGGAGGAGGGUGCCAUCUUACCGUGCAUCCCCACCCACGUGCAGCAGGGAGUCGGAAUGGGAGGCGGCGGCAGCAGCAGCAGCAGCAUUAAUAUAAAUGCAAAUAAAAGCUCUGGAGUGUUAUUAAUGUGGUAGAAGCUUUCCAGGGAAAUGGUUUAGAGGAGGCAGAAUAGUUCCCAGAUGCUCAGUGUUGAGCUAGCUUGUUGUGAGUAAGAUUCAUCAAGCCGGUUAAUGGCCUAUUGCUCCCUCUGUUACGUGAAUGAAAAGCACACAGGAAAAUUUGUUCAGAUGGGUACAAGCUACUGUAAGCAGAUACAGCCUCUGCUGUAUGAGCAAGUCUUUACUCCUUUAGUGUAGGAAGCAACAACAGCUAAUAGCAGCGUUGUAUGUGUAUCGGGAGGGGGGGUGAGAACUGCAAAUCUAAACCAAGAAAACGUGUUUGCUCAGGACACUAACCAAUUUCUUGCCUCUGAAAUGGCACAACAGUAACAAACCUGGCUGCAAAUGAACAAAGGCAGACUGUAAAACUCACUCAGGUAAACAAGACUUGAAAUGCUGAAAAAGCUGCGGGGGAAGUCUUUGUGGCAGUCUUUAUGACUGACUGCCAUUUCAGCCUUGCUGAUGACCAGCACAGCAUCAGCACCUACAAUGCUGAUGGGCUCCUGAAGGCCUCGGUCCAGCUCAGUGGCACUGAGGGAGCAUUCAUCUCACAAAGGACAGCCUGUCCUUGCAGCUAUUUCUGGGCUUUCUGCCAUGGCAAAAGCUAUUUGGAAGAUUUUAUUGUCAUUCUUUCUUCAUUCUGCAAAGCUGCAGCUGGGGAUUUAUUCUUGUAAGUGCAAAGGUGCAUCUGGUUCUCCACACAGGCAUGUGAUGAAGUCAGCGGUGGUGGUUUCGUCUUUUCAUUUGCAAACAGAAGUGCAAGCACCUGGGUCUCUCUAAAGGCAAGGGCGAAGAGGAAGGUAGUUAUAAAUAUCGUGAUAACAGCAGAAACAAGUGCGUGAGAAGAGGCCGUCUGCUGUCAGAGCAGCUUUGCGAGCCGUGAACCACUGGGGCUUGUUUGGUUGUGUGGGGGAGCAUCGGACUCCGGUUUACCACGUAGUACAAAAUUACCUAAGGGAUCGGCAGCCUGAGGGUCAUGCACGCUGCGCAUGUGAAGUCCACUUCACUGCCCUUAAUUCAGAGGAAAAAUAACUGAGACAGAAAUCCCACUGGCCGUGCCAACUUCAGAUUCAAAUAGCUUUUAUAUAACGUAGAUUGGGGGAAUUCUGCUGUUUCCAAGUAUGUAGAAGAACUGGGCUCCUCCGGGGGUAGGUAAAGCCUGCAUUUCAUGCACUACAAUCUAUUUCUAGACAUGGAAUCAUGCUGUGUGCAAGCCACAAGGAUUUGACUGAAGCAUAUUUGUUCUGAGAGGCUGUGAGAAAAAGGCAGCAGCUCCUGCAGUUUGCAAAAUACAAAAUCAGUCACCAGGCAGGAGGCCACGAGGCUCUUUCUCCCGUGGGCUGGGGUUUGUGAUGCGACGGUGUCCUUGGUGUUCCUGUGGCAGGUUGGGCAAGCUGCUGGGCUGCAGAGCCAAGUGGUGUGAUGCUGGCUGUGCCUAACGCAAGCCCUGGGGAAAAGGCUAAAUGAAAAACGCGGAGGAAGAGUCCGCCCUAAUCUCUAGCCAGCGUAAAAUCUUGACUAAGUUACUAUGUAUGGAAACACGGCGUCAUUUCAGCAGGCGUUGCAUAAGGUUACCAUAUUGUCUGCCUCUGCAAAGCUGCAAGCUCAGAGCCUCAGCAAACAGUAACGAUGCCAACCACUCUUUAAAGGCAGGUUUCUGGUUCUCCUGCAAGGAGCCCUAUAAAAUGCAUACAUGGAUACACAGGGCAGAGAGCAAAGCAGCACGGGUGCGUCAUGUAUUCCUUGUCUCCUGUUCCAGCUCUUAUCUUCAUUCCCUGGAGUGAGGGUGAUUUGGUAAAUUGGAGGCACAUAUUCUCUGGAGGGCUGUAGAAAUGAGAAUCGUGUAUUUACUGGCCAGCACAGACAUUUCCCCAUCUGCCUGAAAAGCAUGGACUCAAAGAAAAAUUUAUUUUAGUCAGGGCUGGCUCGCAGAUGGCCCUGCCACGGCGUGGGAUGGGGGGGUAGAUGUGCUGACAAUCUUUCCAGGCUUUGGGAAAGUUGAGUAAGGGCUACAAAAUACAACCACUGCCCCCGCAGCCUGGGCUGCUGCCAGGUUUAAAGCAGAAGUUGCAAUGGCUCUAAGGGAAGUGGAAGUGGUUGCCUCAUGUUUGGAAGGGGGGAUCAGUUUGGGGAGGAGAAGAGUUUGCCCUGCACAGAGAAGCCACUUGCUCAUACACUCCUACCGGUUACCAUGUUUUCUGUGGCUCAGCUGAGACCAAGCACCUUAAAGCGCAGAUUUGACCCAUCAAGGUCAAGACUGUCUGCUCAUGGGGGCUUUCCUGCCUCUAAUUAUCCCUGUUGUCCCCAGCCUUGCAGGUCCAGCUGAUCUGAAAGAAACCUAUUAGGUCACUUUACCUCCCAAAACAGAACAGUCCCUCAUCCCUGCAUGAAGUCACCAGUAAGCUCUGGAGAGCAAAGCAGCACCUCAAUGUGCUUGCCAACUUGCAGCACUUUGCACUUGUAUCAUGCAGAGCACUUACCUGGGAGGUGAGAGAUGGGCAGAUGCUCCCAUGAAGUUGAGGAGUCCAGGCUGAGACUACUCAAACAACAGAGAACUCGCUGCCUCACAAAACCCAAGGUGAGGGUCUUGGGUACCCACACCACUUCCAAUGUGGCAUGAGCCCUAUCUCCUGACAGGGAGACUUUUCACUGCAAUUUAAAUAGCAGCCAUGUCACCCAGGCACCAGCUGCAAGCACAGACAGGUCCAGUCACCACCGAGGGCCUGGCCCGCUCAGCCCUUGCCGCCAGCGAGCAGAGCUGCCUGCUGCCAGCAGGUACCUUCUUGUGGGAACAAGUACAGAAUCCGCAGAUGCGGUGGCUGAGCUGGACACCGGAGAUAUCCUUUGUCUUGUUGGCCGCAAGCCAUGGGAGAAGUAAAACAAGAGCUAAGUGAGAAAAGCGAGGUCAAUGCUAUGACCAAUGGACUUUGCAAGAUGAGCUUUGCUUCCAUAUAAGGCUUGGACCCUGCGCUUGCCAACUAGCUAGGUGAUAAGAGAAAAGC